CAAGUCAAAUGUAGCUCUUUCGAUCCUUUAUGAAGCUUUAAAAAAACAACCAGGUAUAUUCAAACUUGAUGUUCUCGAUUAUCAAAAACAGCCACCAACAAAAGAUCAAUUAAGAAAUAUUGUUCAAUAUCUUG